ACGUGACACAUAUCCAUCUCUUACCUCUCUCUACCUCUCCUCCACAUCACCAGAAGAAAUGCAAAUCUCCACAUGGAACUUAUAAGCAGAAAUCUCAAAACCUCGCCAUCGAAUCCACACAUUCAAAUCCAUACCAUUUUGCAGUACGUCUUAGUACUCCGAAACAAACACGAAGAAGAGGAAGAAGAAGAGGAGGGAGAGAUCAAAGGCAAAAGCAUCGAACCGCCAUCUUCCCCUCUCUCUUUUCCUCCCCUCCUUCACUUCACUAUAACCCCCCCGCAAUUCGAGAAAUCCCGCAGCUCGGACGUCAUCAAUGGUAUAAACCCGUAUAUACGAAACAUCAGGGGAAUCAAAAAGCACCGCCGAAACCGAGUAAAUACCAAUCUACGUUCCGUCCAAGAAAAAGAAAACAAGAAACCAAGAACAAGAACAAGUCGGAAGACGAAAGAAAAAGAUUCGGCCCGACAGAUCAACAUAUAACAAACGCAAUAAUCGUACGAUAUAUAUACUGUUUUUUUUUUCUUAUUCACUCAAUUGGAAUGAUAAGGGAAAGCGGGAUAUACAGACGGAGACUUGUCCCCAC